AUGGCUUCACAGACUUCCGAGACCUCGGCCUCAUGGACUGACAGCUCCUCCAUUGGCUCGUUCGCAUCAAAGCUUUCAUGGAACUUCAGCAGCCUUUUCUAUAUAGACUAUCCCGAUCAACACUUUCCAGUUGAACCGGGCCCAAAGCGCAGAAAGACUAAGGGGCAUCGUGCCUACGUUUGUCUUCAUUGUCAGAAUCCCCCAUGGUCGAACCGGGUACCGGGAAACGCUAUACACCAUGCAGAAACGGUUCACCGCGCACUGGUACGAGCAAGCGAAGCCGUAAGUGAUACUCCAUCUAGGACAUUUGUUUCUGAUGUUUCGACGGUUUCGCUGGGUGAUAUCGAUUCGUACAUAGUCCGUCGUCCCUCCCAGGCUGCUCUCCGCAACAGCUUCAACAAGCAAGCCUAUAUCGAGGCGCUCGUGGGACUCCUUACAAGGCGCAGACUGCCCUUUUCGACGGUGGAGUACUCUGAGCUGCGAGACUUGUGUCUUGCAUGCAAUCCGGCCAUUGGAGACCUUCUCAUCAGCAAUCGAAAGCAGGCGAUGGGCUAUAUUAACUCCAACUACUCGCUAUACAGCUCGCAACUUGCCGAGAACCUUCAAGCAACACAGUCGAAGAUACACAUAUCCUCCGAUCUCUGGACAUCGCCACAUCGCAAAGGUGUACUCGCUAUAUGCGCUCAAUGGGUCGAUGACGACUUCAAGCUUCAGAAAGCACUACUAGGACUACCAGAGUGCAAAUACAACCAUUCUGGUGCUACACAGGCUGGGCUGAUUGCCAGCACGCUGCGGAAGUUCAAUAUUACUGCUCACAACCUCGGUUAUUACAUAGGCGAUAAUGCUGCAUCAAACGACACCUGCUUGGCGGAACUAUCAAAGGUUUUGAGAGCUGAAUCAGGCUACCCCCACAAACGGCGCAGAAUUCGCUGCAUCGGCCAUAUUAUCCAUAUCGCCUUGCAAGCAUUCCUCCUCGCUCGCUCAAAAGAAGCUCUUAGAGCCGCACUUGAAGCUGCUGCCGGUGAGCCUGGCUCAACUAUGCUAGAGGAGUUCUCACAGCAAUUGCAUGAGCUGGAUCCGGCGGAAAUUGCGGCACGUUCUGAAUCCACAGCAGGAGAUGAACAACGACGGGAAGAGCGGCAGGAGCGAUCCCCCAGGAUAUUUAAGAAUGCGAGAGGCAAACGAGCCGGUAACAACGAUGAGCGCUUCGCUGGCUGGCAAGGAAUUCCAGCCUUAGCAAAACUUCAUGCACUUGCUGUUUACAUACGGAGCUCAGCCAUACACAACGAUCAAUGGUAUGAUGCUGUGGGCAAGCAACUCGGUAUCGAUAAUAUCACGAGAUGGUCGUCAUGGCAUAGAGUUAUCACAGUCGCCUUAAAGAAGAAGUCACAGAUCAUCCAGUUUACUGCCGAACAUGAUAAUGAUCUCGAAGGCAAUACCCUGACCAGAAGGGAUUGGGAAAUGCUAGAAAGGACACUAGAGUUCCUUCAACCAUUCUAUGAGGCCACUCUGGAAGCUGAAGGCGAUAUGGCCUCAAUCUCACAGUCACUUGAGCUGUUGGACCUUCUCCUAGGACAUUGCGAAAAGUGGAAGGCACACUACUCGCAGCCGAGUAACCGUGAUGAUCGUAUAGUCCACUCCAUCAAUAUGUGCUGGUUUGUACUCGAUAAGUAUUAUACUAUAACUGAGGAUAUCCCCGUAUACGCUGCCGCCCUUCUUCUCGAUCCUUCUAAACGUAAGAGCUACAUAGAAGAAUGUUGGCCCCAUGAGUGGCACGAUGGCGCGUUUGCAGCCGCCCGGAGUCUCUGGGAGGAGGAGUACAAUGGCAAUGUUGAAAGUCAUCUCCUAGAACAAUCUUUCGCUGCGCCUGGUUUAUCAAAGCCUGAGAAGGAUACCAUGCUUUCAAAGAUGCGCUUAGAGGUGCAACAAAAGACGAUGGCGAAGGCACGCGGUAAGGAUGACUUCGAUAGCUUCAUUUCCGAGGCACCUAUUGCACUUGCCGAAGGCGCCACGCCCCUUCAAUGGUGGUGUAGUGAGGACGUUCGUACAGUAUAUCCUCGACUUAGCCGUAUGGCUAUCGAUAUCCUCUCCGUUCCCGCAGAAUCAGCAGAACCAGAGCGGACCUUUUCAGGAGCUCGCCGCACAGCUAGAUGGGAUAGACUACGUUUGUUGGUUGAGAGCAUUGAGAAGGUUGAGUGUGUGGGCAACUGGCUGCGAGAGGGACGUAUCAAACCUUCUGCUGAGGGAGAGAUAGGCCUCCCGUGUGAUCCAGAGGUCAUAGAAGGCGAUAUAUAA